AUGUGGACUUUACUCAAGCAAUCUCCAGAAGCAGGAAAGACCCUCAUUCAGAAAUGUAUCAUUGCCUGCCCGUCUAGUCUGGUAGGGAACUGGGCCAACGAAUUAGGGAAAUGGUUGGGCAAAGAUGCUACCACUCCCUUCGCCAUUGACGGUAAGGCGUCAAAGGCAGAGCUUACCACACAGAUCAAGCAAUGGGCCAUUGCUUCAGGCCGUUCGGUCGUAAGACCGGUUCUCAUAGUGUCGUACGAAACACUCCGGUUGUACGUCGACGCGCUGAGAGAUAGUCCAAUCGGACUGCUCCUGUGCGAUGAAGGGCAUCGACUCAAAAACAAGGACAGUCUGACGUGGACUGCUCUCAAUAGCUUGAACGUGCAGCGCCGUGUGAUUCUGUCCGGAACUCCAAUCCAGAAUGACCUUUCGGAAUACUUUGCGCUACUGAAUUUCGCCAAUCCCGAUUUACUAGGGUCACAAAAUGAGUUCCGGAAGAAGUUCGAACUACCCAUCCUCAAAGGAAGAGACGCGGCAGGGACGGAAGAAGACCGCAAAAAGGGCGACGAGCGACUGGCAGAGCUUUCUGGCAUCGUCAACAAGUUCAUUAUUCGCCGGACAAAUGACAUCUUGUCAAAAUACUUGCCCGUCAAGUACGAGCAUGUCGUUUUCUGCAGCCUAUCACAGUUCCAACGUGACCUAUACAACCACUUCAUCCAGAGCCCCGAGAUUAGAAGCUUGCUCAGGGGUAAAGGAAGCCAACCUUUGAAAGCAAUUGGACUUUUGAAAAAACUUUGCAAUCAUCCGGACCUGCUCAAUCUUUCCAACGAUCUUCCAGGCUGCGAGUUUGCCUUCCCUGACGACUACGUUCCUCCGGAAGGGCGUGGGCGAGAUCGGGAUAUCAAGUCUUGGUAUUCAGGAAAGAUGAUGGUUUUGGAUAGGAUGCUUGCACGGAUACGUCAGGAUACUAAUGAUAAGAUCGUCCUUAUUAGCAACUACACGCAAACUCUUGAUCUCUUCGAGAAGCUGUGCAGAUCGAGAGGAUAUGGUUCUUUGAGACUGGACGGUACUAUGAACGUGAACAAGCGGCAGAAAUUGGUCGACAAAUUCAACAACCCAGACGGAGAGGAGUUUGUCUUCUUGCUCAGUAGUAAAGCUGGAGGGUGCGGUUUGAACCUGAUCGGCGCAAACCGUCUGGUGUUGUUCGACCCAGACUGGAACCCAGCUGCUGAUCAGCAGGCGUUGGCACGAGUUUGGCGAGAUGGCCAAAAGAAAGAUUGCUUUGUUUACCGGUUCAUUGCGACCGGAUCGAUUGAAGAGAAGAUUUUCCAGCGUCAAUCGCAUAAACAGUCCCUCUCCUCCUGUGUUGUGGAUUCGGCCGAAGAUGUCGAGCGACACUUUUCCAUCGAAUCGCUUCGUGAACUCUUCCAGUUCAAGCCGGAGACUCGCAGCGACACGCACGACACAUUUAAAUGCAAGCGAUGCAAGCCGGACGGAUCGCAGUUUAUAAAGGCACCAGCCAUGCUCUACGGCGACACUAGUUCUUGGAAUCAUUUUGUGAAUGACGGCGAGAAGGGACAAUUCAGCAAGAUUCAAGAUUUACUGAUGCGACAGGAGUCUGGGGAGCAUGAUGUGUCUGCGGUAUUCCAGUAUAUCAGUCAUUGA